AUGUAUGCCCUUGGGCAUAGCCCCGAGUCUUCACGGCAGGCCAGUCCUGCAUCGCGAGAUCAUAACCCGCGGAAGCGCGGUAGGACCGCAUGCACUCGAUGCAAGACACGGAAGCAGAGAUGCGACAAUGAAUAUCCGACAUGCUCCAACUGUCUGAAGGCGGGGGCCGCGUGCGACAAAUCCAGCGUGCGAGAGGACAGUGACCGCCAGAAUGAUUAUACUCGCGUUCUGGAAGAACGUGUGGCAUUCCUGGAGCGCAGACUUAACCAAUCAGAGCCAGCAAUUCCAGAUCCAAAUGCUGCCAGUAUGACUGCUGCACCUUCGCUGCUCUCCCCGCAAGGGAGUCAUCCAACGCCACAAACAGCUACUUCAGGCCUUGACAAUAAUCCCGUUGGGGAAAUUGUGGGCCUACUUGCUCUGAGCUCCUCUGAAGCUCCAGCAUACAUAGGAGCCAGCUCGGGGUUUUCCCUCGCUAACAAUUUGGGGGAGAUGGUCCAAACGAGUGUGUGGAACCAGUUUAUCUCAAGAAUGCAACAGAAUCAAACGAACCCAAAUGCUGGCAGCAACUCUUCUCAAAACACAUCAGCCCGAGUACAUGGUCCCUCGGAGCAGCCAUCCGCUCCUCGGAUUCGGGAUCAGCUCUUGCCAGCAAAUGCUGAGCCACCCACAGACGAAAUGGGGGCACGAAUUCUGGACACUUAUUUUACCCGACUUCAUUCGAGAUACCCGUUUCUCAAUCAGAAACAAGUCUGGAAAAUUCACGAAGAUCGAUGGCGAUUGGCUAAGACCAAACGCGAAGACCUUACUCGGUCCGAUCGAUUCGCUAUUUUCAAGCUCAAUCUUAUAUAUGCUAUCGGGGCAACGAUGCUUCAGUUAAGUGAGAAAUAUGCAUACACAGCACCUGACCGGUAUUAUAACACCGCCCUACAACAUGUUCACUCAAUGUGCGAAGCGAGAUCUAUUGAUAACAUCGAAGCCAUGAUCCUACUUGUCGUCUACCACCUGCGAACCGCAUCCAGUCACGGUAUGUGGUAUAUGAUUGGACUUGCUAUGCGUACUUCCAUCGACCUCGGUCUCCACCGAAAGGCAAAUGAGAUCAACAUGGACCCAUUCACCACACAGAUGCGCCGAAGGCUUUUCUGGACAGUGUAUUACCUUGAAAGAGUGGUUUCAAUGUCUCUCGGUCGGCCAUUCAGCAUCUCCGAUCGCCACAUUGAUCUUGACCUACCACUGGACGUGGAUGAUGACGUUGAAGAUCCGGCAAUACUAGCAGCCCCCAAGACCCAAAUAAGACUACUUCCCUCACAUUUGCAAUCUACCUUUUUAAACUCCGCCGCAUCGAUUCACGCAUCCAACACAAAAUCUACCGUGCCGACCGACCUUUAUCUUCCCUCCGACCAAAAAUGGACCCCUUAUAUCUCGAACUUGAAGAAUGGAAAGAAUCAGCCUUACUCCGAUUCAGCGGUCCAGAUCUAG